CUCGCCCCUCCUCAUUUCUUCCUUUAAGCGUGGACACCUUGGACACAAUAAGUAAAACAAAGAACAAAGCAAUAUGGACGUCCUGAGGUUUGGCGUAGUCAUGGCGCUUUUAUACCCCGAGUCGCUCGCCGUACUCUUUUGCGCACAACCGCACGACCGCAGGUAUUACUGCCAUUGGGCAGGCCAAGAUUAUGCUAAUGUCUGCCCGCAGAUGGGACCUAAACGUUGCAAAGAAAGAGGUGAACUCAUCUGCAUCUGCCAAGAUGGUUACUGGCGGCGGCGCUAUGACAGACAGUGCGGCAGAUGGAGAGACUGCGCGAAGAGGGAAAUUAAACAUCUUUUGCUGGUAUGUGUACGUGAAACCCUCUACCUGGUAGGAGCAUCCGAGAGCAUUGUUGAUCCAAAGAAGUUCAAGUGCUUCAACUCGACAAUAACUGAAAUGUACGGUAAGGGAUGUAUCCGCAACUUCAAUUUCCUGGAGAAAACUGGAGCAAAGUCGGUGACGAAGAAAAACGAAGAAACAACAUGGUCACGCAGGAAUUAUACACUAUACUUGAAACCUGUAAUGUGGCGGAGACAGAUAACCAUUCAGCUCAACGCGAUGGGAUCGGAAUAUCUCCCUUACUACGUCGAGCAUUAUUACCCAAUUCUGCACGCUAAUUCCAAAUGCAUCAUUACCGGGCUAUUACCACCGGAUCAACAAAAAACGGACUGCACUUAUUGGGUUACGGAGAACGAUAUUACAAAGCGGAAUGCAGACUGCGACUGGAUAUUCCAAAAUUACUGUAAUUCGCCUAACAUUAUUUUCAACUCAACCAGAUUAGCAGAUUGUAACUUCCGUAUUCCGCCUAAAUAAAACCGUAUG